GUUUUUCAUCUAUGCGACUGUCACCUGGGAUGGCAACAUCAAUGAUCCAAACCUUGUUCUUUUCCUAUCGGCUGUUAGGAAUUGUGGGAGUUGAAGUCCAAAACACCUGGAGAGCCCAAGUUUGCCCAUCCCUAGUCUAAAUCCUCCAGUACUAUUCUAUAGUCGACUUCUUCCAAUAGUUAAACUUCCUGUGGUUAAAAAAACCCUCCGUCAUAUAACAUUGGGAAAUCCAAAAUAACUAGCCAAGGCUAUUAAAACACACACACGAGCUCAGUAACAUUGAUGUCACUGAACUCUUGGGUAUUAAUUUUUGACCUUGUUUUUGCUCAGCUUGUGAAACCCAUGGUCCUUUUACUAAAAGAUUUCCAACUGGUUAAACAGAAGUUUUACUGACUUUUAAAUGGGAAAUGGAAGAAUUUCAGGAAAUAAGGGUCCCUCUUUGAAUGUUCAUGAUAAGCUAUAAAAGAAAAAGGCACAUUUCCCACGUCAACUCAGGUGUAACUGAGUCUUUGAUGACUGCUUCUGUGGCAUUUACACAGGACACACCUGAAGGAACUGGAAAACAGAGAAAGCUCAAGGCUGGAGAUGAUUGCUCAUGCCAUGCCCUUUAAUAUACGGCUUGGGAAGCAGAACUUCGUACUGGGCAUCAGCGUGGUCUUUCUUGUCGGCUUCACUCUUUCACUGUUAGAAAGAGUAAAGAGAAAUAAGACUAAAGUAGAACAAGGCAGAUGCUGGGAACUGAAUCUGUUAUUUCAGGAGAAGAAUCUGUCUGGAAUCAUCCAUUUUCAGAAGACAGAUAGUGAGAAAGAGAAGAUCCAUAUGAUCAAUAACUGGAAACUCCAGGAGACAGAAAUGAGGAUAAUGGAACAUCUGCUGCUUGCCCAAGAAUGCCGCUGGGAGCUCAAUCCUAUAGCAGUCGCGCAAUUCAGAACACAGCUGCAGCAAUGUUGCAAUGCUUCCUUCAGGUUCGUGACGACCAAGGAGAACAUACGACUGGGGUCAUAUAUCAUCUUCGAUGGGAACCCAACCCGCAAACUGAGGGUGGAUACUAAGCUGUUGGAUCUGUUGCCAGAGAAAUCACCCUUUAUGGACACUUCUUAUAGGAAGUGUGCAGUGGUUGGCAAUGGAGGCAUCCUACUAAACAGCUCCUGCGGGCAGGAGAUCGACCGGGCAGAUCUAGUAAUUAGGUUCAACCUGCCUCCCAUGAACUUCUCUGAAGAUAUAGGAACAAAGACAAGCCUGGUGACCAUCAACCCCAGCAUCCUUCAGAAUAGAUUCAAGUUAUUGCAGGAACGGCGGAAGCCCUUUGUAGAAGCUCUGCACUCCUACAGUGAUGCCACCUUCCUCCUCCCUGUUUUAUCCUUUGUGGGACACAACAUUCUGGGCUACCGUGUGCUGUACACCUUGGAGGACUUUGGUGUGGAGCAGCAGGCUUUCUUCCUGAACCCACAGUAUCUGAGCAACCUGGCAAACUUCUGGAAGAAAAGGGGUUUGAAGACAAACCGGCUUUCCUCAGGCUUCAUGUUGGUCAGCAUGGCUUUGGAGUUCUGCCAGCACAUCACCCUCUAUGGCUUCUGGCCCUUCUCAUAUGACUUGAACAAUCAAUCAAUUCCUCACCACUACUACGAUAACAUGAUGCCCACGCCCGGGGUACAUGCCAUGCCCACAGAAUUCUCGUAUUAUCUCAGCAUGUAUGCUGAAGGUGUCCUGCGAUUACGAGUGGGCAAGUGUCAGUGACAGCUUUAUGCCUGGGUUGGAAAUAUCUCCUAAACCAGAUGUGGACAACCGUGGAAGCCCAAGGGGCUACAUUAACACCCUAGGAUACUUUAAACAGGUGCACUUCAACCAUACCCAGAAAUAAAUGGCCGCUAAAUUCCUUCUAGUAUCUAUGGGUGGCAUUUUUGUCACUCCCCAUUCAUUUCUAAGAAAUGGUUCAGGAGGGCAUGAAAUGUGACAAAAAUCCCUCUCCACACCUUCUAGUUGGCAUUUGGGGAUAAAAUAAGUUAGGACAUUUUUAUGGUUGUUUUCCUUGGAAUAAUAAUAACAAUAAUAAUAGAAGACUGGCAAAAGAAGGCUCUCCAUGGACAGUUCCUAGAAAAAAAUUGAGAGCAAAAUUGACAAUGGAAAAAACAUGGCUCACAAAUGGAACUUUGAAAAAGGAGACUGAGGGCCUCAUUCUUGCAGACCAAGAACAAGCAAUUAGAACAAAUGCCAUCAGAGCUAGAACUGAAAAUCGACUACAGAUUCCAAAUGUAGACUCUGAAAAGGAAGCAGACGAAACAAUGGAUCACAUACUCAGCUGCUGCAAGAUCAGGCAGACGGACUACGAGCAGAGACAUAAUAUUGUUGCUCAGAUGAUCCAUUGGAACUUGUGCCACAAAUACCAUCUGCCUGUGACAAAGAAUGGUGAUCACAAGCCUGAAAAAAUUACAGAAAAUGAACUCUUGGACUUCCGAAUUCUGACUGACAGAGUUUUGAAGCACAAUACUCCUGACCUCACAAUCAUGGAAAAAACAAAGUAUGGAUCAUCGAUGUUGCAAUCCCAGAUGACAGCAGAAUUGAUGAGAAGCAACUGGAAAAGCUGGCACGAUACUAGGAUUUAAAGAUCAAACUACAAAGACUCUGGCACAAGCCAGCAAAGGUGGUCUCAGUGGUGAUUGGCACACUGGGGAAAGUGCCUAAAGACCUUAGCCAGCACUUGAAAACCAGCAGCGCUGACAAAAAUACCAUUUGUCAACUGCAAAAGGCCACCCUACUCGGAUAUGCAGGCAUUAUUCGCCAAUACAUUAUGUAGUACUAGACACUUGAGAAGUGUAGGAUAUGUGAUCCAAUACAAAAGCCAGCAUGGUGAUCAUGUUUGCUGUGUACUAAUCUUGUUGUGUAUCGAAUAAGAAGAAUACAUCACAUACAUAAUACAUCACAUACUCCAAGACAUUUGGGACAUGUGGUCGAAUACAAAAGCCAGCAUAGUGAUCUUGCUGGCUGUGAACUAAUCUUGUUGUGUAUCAAAAAAUAAUUUUCAUUCUUACCUGCCUGCUCAUGGCUCAAAGUCGGUCACAGCAAAUACACAAACAUUGCAAAAAUUCUAAAAAAACACACAUAUUAAAAUGUAGUUUUAUAAAAGAUACACAUUAAAACGUAUUUCUAUAAAAUACAUAUUAAAUACACAGGAUACAGAUUAAAACACAGGGCACAAGUUUAAAAUUCAUGCUUAAAACUGUCUGGGUAGGCCUGUCAGAAAAGAUAGGUCUUUAGGCGGGUUUUAAAUUUUGACAGCCCAUUUAGCUGUCGGAGCUCUUCUGGCAGGUCGUUCCACAGUCUUGGGGCGGCCGUUGAAAAGGUCCUCUGGGUGACAAUUGCCAGUCGGGUUCUUGUGAGCCGGAAUAACCGUCCCCCAGAGGACCUAAGAGGUCAGGGCGGAUUGUACGGUAGAAGACGAUCCUGUAGGUCACCUGGACUUAAACCAUGUAAGGCUGUCAAGCUCAAAACAAACACCUUGUACUUUCUCCAGAAACUAAUUGGUAGCCAGUGGAGUGACUUUAGGAUAGGGGUAAUAUGCUAGAUUUUUCCAUAACCAAUCUGGCUGUUGUAUUUUGAAUCAGAUGGACUUUGCGAAUUUGGUACAGAGGUAGAGCAAUGUAAAAGUACAUUGCAGAAGUCCAACCUUGAGGUUACCAGUGUGUGCACUACCAUCUUUAGGUGGCAUAGGUUUUUUGAAUACCUGUCAAAAUGAAUAAAAAUGUCGCUAUUGCGACAUGUCAGUUCUUUGGAGUGCUUUCUCUACUGACAUCCUCCCUGAUCAUUGAGAAUAAACCUAAGAUUUUGUCUUCUC